AUAAGAAGAAGAAGUAGGUCACGUGGGCGUGAGGCUGGAUCAGCUGACAUUAUUAGCCUGCUAGCUUCUCCUCUCGACGCUCCUCCGCUCGGCCAGACAACACCAACAUUAACUCCAACACCAACUAACUAACUAACUAACAACUCCCCGGACAUUAACGUCCUCUUGUCUGCUGGCACGCCGCCACAUCGAUGCUGCUGGAGUGGAUGAUGAAGGGACAUUUUAUUCUCUACAGCGGCCUGACUCUGGCCUUCUGGACCACCAUCCUGGUCGUCGGCAUAUGCUACACUAUAUUUGACCUAGGAUUCCGCUUUGAUGUGGCAUGGUUCCUCACAGAAACCUCCCCCUUCAUGUGGGCCAAUCUGGGCAUCGGCUUGGCCAUCUCGCUGUCGGUUGUGGGAGCAGCUUGGGGAAUCUACAUCACUGGCUCAAGCAUCAUUGGAGGAGGUGUCAAGGCUCCCCGAAUCAAGACCAAGAAUUUAGUCAGCAUCAUUUUCUGUGAAGCCGUUGCCAUCUACGGCAUCAUCAUGGCCAUUGUCAUCAGCAACAUGGCCGAGAACUUCAGCGGGACGACUCCUGAGACCAUCGGGGCCAGGAACUACCAAGCUGGUUACUCCAUGUUUGGGGCGGGUCUGACUGUGGGCUUCUCCAACCUCUUCUGUGGCAUUUGUGUGGGCAUCGUGGGCAGCGGGGCGGCGCUGGCAGACGCCCAGAACGCCAGCCUCUUCGUCAAAAUCCUCAUUGUGGAAAUCUUCGGGAGCGCCAUCGGCCUGUUCGGUGUUAUCGUAGCCAUUUUGCAGACGUCAAAAGUAAAGAUGGGCGACUAGAAGAUGCCUCGGCAAUACCAGGAGGCGGACGACUGCUGGAAAAUAAAUGAAUUAUUGUGUAAAUACAGCAUAAAUUAUUUGAAUGUUCUCUCCGCUGUGUAUUGUUUUCAGCCAUUAUUUAAAAGAAGAGGUGCACAAACUGGGUUGUAGUGAAUGGUGUUUAAAAAAAAAAAAAAAAAAAAAAAACCCACACUACAGUAUUUGAAGUGUGUGUGUGUGUGUGUGUGUGUGUGUGUGUGUGUGUGUGUGUGUGUGUGUGUGUGUGUGUGUGUGUGUGUGUGUGUGUGUGUGUGUGUGUGUGUGUGUGUGUGUGUGUGUGUGUGUGUGUGUGUGUGUGUGCGUGUGCGUGUGCGUGUGCGUGUGCGUGUGCGUGUGCGUGUGCGUGUGCGUGUGCGUGUGCGUGUGCGUGUGCGUGUGCGUGUGCGUGUGCGUGUGCGUGUGCGUGUGCGUGUGCGUGUGCGUGUGCGUGUGCGCGUGCGCGUGCGCGUGCGCGUGCGCGUGCGGUGUUCUUGCCUGGUCUGUUCCUUUUCUUUCCUGUUGAGCCUUCAUCUUAACCUGAAGACUGAGAUGAUGUUUACAGCUACGUCCAAAUUUGCAUCAAAAGUUCGGAUAGUGUAAACAUCCAUUUUUGAAGCCUUUUUUCUUUGACACAUGUCCAUCAUUACAUGCUGAACUGUACUUAAUUGUUUUGGAGUCUUUCGUUUUGUACAUCAUGAAUCAUUCCAAUAUAUCUUAAACAUCUGCUCAUGUUUUGCGUUAUUGUCAAAUAAACGUUUAGUGGCUGCUUUUGAAA